GUCUGCACCGUUGGAGAGGGUCCCUCCUGACCCUGGUUCUGCACCAUGCCUCAGCUGGUGGAAUGUGUCCCCAACUUCUCAGAAGGGAACAACCAGGAGGUGAUCGAGGCCAUCUCCAGAGCCAUCACCCAGACUGUGGGCUGCGUGCUGCUGGAUGUGGAUGCCGGCCCUUCCACCAACCGCACGGUCUACACCUUCGUGGGGCGGCCAGAGGACGUGGUCGAGGGUGCCCUCAAUGCGGCCCGGGCCGCUGCUCGGCUCAUUGACAUGAGCAGGCACAAAGGGGAACACCCUAGGAUGGGCGCGUUGGAUGUCUGCCCCUUCAUCCCGGUCAGGGGCGUCAGCAUGGAUGAGUGUGUGCUUUGUGCCGAGGCCUUUGGCCAGCGGCUGGCAGAGGAACUGGGUGUGCCAGUGUACCUCUAUGGGGAGGCAGCGAGGACAGCCAGUCGUCGGACACUGCCCGCCAUCCGGGCUGGGGAGUAUGAGGCCCUUCCUGAGAAGCUCAAGCAGACUGAAUGGGCACCGGACUUUGGUCCCAGCACCUUUGUUCCCAGCUGGGGGGCCACUGUCACCGGAGCCCGGAAGUUCCUCAUUGCCUUCAACAUCAACCUGCUCAGCACCAAGGAGCAGGCACACCGGAUUGCCCUCAACCUGCGGGAGCAAGGUCGAGGGAAGGACCAGCCAGGGCGUCUGAAGAAGGUUCAGGGCAUUGGCUGGUACCUGGAUGAAAAGAACUUGGCGCAGGUGUCCACAAAUCUCCUGGACUUUGAGGUCACAGCACUGCACACGGUCUACGAGGAGGCAUGCAGAGAAGCGCAGGAGCUGAACCUUCCAAUUGUGGGCUCUCAAUUAGUGGGCCUGGUGCCUCUGAAGGCCAUCCUGGACGCGGCAGCCUUCUACUGCCAGAAGGAGAGCCUCUUCAUCCUGGAGGAGGAACACAGAAUCAGGCUGGUCGUGAACAGGCUGGGCCUGGACUCCCUGUCUCCCUUCAAUCCGAAGGAGAGGAUUAUUGAGUACCUGGUCCCCGAUGGCCAGCCUGAGCAGGGCCUGGUGAACAAGUCCCUGGGUGCCUUCAUCCGCGAGGUGGGCGCCCGCUCGGCAGCCCCUGGGGGCGGCUCGGUGGCUGCGGCUGCUGCAGCGAUGGGCGCGGCGCUGGCCUCCAUGGUGGGCCUGAUGACUUACGGACGGCGUCAGUUCGAGCACCUGGACGCAGAGAUGCGACGCCUGAUCCCGCCCUUCCACUCGGCCUUGGCCCAGCUGACCACGCUGGUGGACGCGGAUGCCCAAGCCUUCGCAGGUUAUCUGGAAGCCCUGAAGCUGCCCAAGACCACACAGGAGGAAAGGGACAGGCGAGAGGCUGCCAUGCAGGAGGGGCUGAAGCAGGCGGUGGCCGUUCCUCUGUCCUUGGCGGAGAAGGUAGCCUCGCUGUGGCCAGCACUGCAGGAGCUGGCCCUGUGCGGGAACCUGGCCUGCCGCUCUGACCUGCAGGUGGCAGCUAAAGCGUUGGAGACAGGUGUGUUUGGUGCCUACUUCAAUGUGCUCACCAACCUGAAGGACAUCACCGACACUGCCUUCAAGGACCAGAUCCGCCAGCGAGUCUCCAGCCUCCUGCAGGACACCCAGACCCAGGCUGCCCUGGUGCUGGACCGCCUGGAGACCCGGCGGGAGUGAGAGCCAGGAUGGAGACCCCUGCUGGACCCCCAUCCGGGGUGGAGGGCCUGUGGCUGACGGGAGCACUACGUGAUGCCAGCUCUGGGACCAGGGCGGCCCCCCAAGCAUGUUCCCUGCAUCCCCUCGUUCUCAGUAAAGUGCCCCCCCCCAGG